UUCGGAGGCGGCGUCAGGCUCGGCUGGGCCGCCUCCCUCCGCCUUUCCAUGGCCCCAGCCGGCGGCCUGGGCUCCUGAUAAGGCUCCGGGAAGGGGCCCGGCUCCGGUAAGGACCGCCAUCGCCUCGCCUUCCUCCUAUUCCUCUUCCUCUUCCUCCUCCUCCCGCUGCUUCUGCCUCCCCGCCGCCGGGCAAUGAGAAGCUGCUUCUGCUUGAAGCGGGGGAGCCGGGACCAGCAGCCGAAGACAACGACAACGCCGCCUCCUGCUCCGUCUGCGCCCCGGGCAACAGAUCAGUCCGCCAUGCCUGAGGUCCGGGACCUUGCCGAUGCUUUGCCCGAAGUGCCCAUGGACCCCAUCACCGGCGUCGGGGUGGUCGCCUCCCGCAACCGAGCGCCUACCAAUUACGAUGUAGUUGCCCAAACGACAGACGGUUUGGACGCCGACCUCUGGAAAGACGGCUUGUUCAAAUCCAAGGUUACGAGAUACCUGUGUUUCACCCGGAUCUUUUCCAAGGAGAACAGCCAUUUGGGGAACGUCUUGGUUGACAUGAAGCUCAUAGAUAUCAAAGACACCUUGCCGGUUGGCUUCAUUCCCAUCCAAGAGACUAUGGAUACACAAGAAACCGCUUUCCGAAAGAAGAGGCUCUGCAUUAAGUUCAUCCCGCGGGAUUCCACGGAGGCAGCUAUUUGCGAUAUCCGAAUCCUGGGCCGGGGCAAGCAAGCUCCUCCGCAGUAUACUUUCAUCGGGGAACUCAACAGCAUGGGCAUCUGGUAUCGAAUGGGCAAAGUCCCCCGGAACCACGAAACAUCUCAACCGACAACGCCUUCGCCACAAGCUCCGGCCACGACGCCAGCCGCCAACCUUCCCAGGCACAUAUCUCUGACGCUCCCUGCCAGCUUUCGAGGGAAGGGGCAAGGCACGCGGCCAGACUUUGAGUACCAGCACUCCAACUUGUAUGCCAUAUCAGCCAUGGAAGGCGUGCCUUUUAUGAUCUCGGAGAAAUUCGCCUGUGCUUCCGAAGGGGUGAAGCCGGUCGAUCUCCUAGGGAUCACAAUUAAAUCCUUGGCCGAAAUCGAAAAGGAGUACGACUACAGCUUCAGGACAGAGCAAAGUGCUGCCGCUCGCCUCCCGCCGAGCCCGACCCGGUGCCAACAGCUCCCACAAUCCUGAGCUCCUUUGCCCGCUUGGGAGACGAUGCGCACACAUACUACUGAGAGGGGAAACGAUUCCCCUCCCCGACACGAAACCUUCUCCCCAAUCCCCCGGCCCUUGACUCAAACAGUGUUACUGGAUCUCCUACCAGCAAAAGGGACACAUUUUUCCCUCCCCACCUCUUAACUCUGACAUUUUGUACCAUAUAACUGGAUCGAUUUUCUCUUGUGUUUUUUUUUAUGUACCUGUGGUUGUGUUGGAGAAGUUGACCGGACUGUCCUUAGGUUUUUCAUCCAUUGACUGCUUCUGGAAACACUUUUUCGUCCUAAUUGAAUUAAUCUACACCGAGGUGGACCAGUUACGCAUCCAUCUCUUUUCAUCAGCUGCCUUGAGCUUCUCCGGAACCGUUUCCUCACCAUAAGUAGACUUCAAGGUAUGACCUGCCAACCCACCAUCCCUUUUUUCAUCUUCUCCUUCCAAAAAAAUAACUUCAUCUGUUCUGAAUAGUUCCCAAAAUCCAACAUUGAAAUCUUCUCCACAUCGUCUCGGAAACCCCCAUAUUGUGCUAUCUUCCAGAUAGACAACUUGGCCUCCAAAAACUUCAUAUCACGUACCCUGAACUCAUUGAUAUCUCUGUCUAGGUUGGUGUUUCGAUCCGGAUCGAACCAAAAUAAAUAAGACUCUCUUGGGCAUUCAGUUGACCAGCUCUGCCUUGGGAUGCCCACCACUUGCCGUUGACUUUUGCCUUCUCUACCAAGAAAAUUACACAAUCUUCAAUUAUGAUACACCCAAGACCUUUCGUGGUCUGUUUGGGUUCAUGAAAAGCCUCGUUUUACACUAGCCUUGGGCUGUGUACCCAAUUCCCCAUGCAGAAUAAUCAGAUCCAAAUCUCUUCUUAUUUCCAUGAGCAUUUUUGAACAGAGAUCGACCCAGAUGAUCACUUUGGAAGCAGAAGAUACAUUUGGUGGUGCUUUUCUGCAAUCCAAACCAGCCCAACGACCAUAUACUCAAGGCUUUCCAAACCCAGAAAUACUUGAACAUGGCAACUAACCAGAAAAAAACAACAACCCAAUGCUUGUUGGGUCCUCCUCUCUGCUCAAUUUGGUGGCUUAUGACAAAACCAUCCACCACAUGUGCCUCCAGAAGCCUUCUCGAAAGAAACUUAAGACGUCAUUUCACCAUGGGGUUGGUUCCGGUUCGAAGGUUCGCCAAGCUUCAUGCUCCAGCAUGUUUUUUGUGGUUUUGACAGUUCUUCCAAGCCCCAAAUGCAUGCUUUCGUGGCGUUCCCUUCCUGACAUCGGUGUUAUAUUUUGUGCCCCCUGAAAGCCUGUGUGAUCUCUUGUGCCAUUUCAGGGGCAGAAUAUCUUCUGUCGGGCAAAACGUGGCAGCUAAGAGGGACAUGGAUAUUCCUUUCUCCCCCAAAACCCACGUGCAGAGGUUCAACUGUGUACCUUGUAAAUAUUGAUCAUUUCUAACUGUGUUAAAAGGCAACCAAGCUGAUUAUUUAAAAAAGAAAUGAGAUAGUUGCUUUGGUGGAUUGUUUGGGGCUGUUUGUUGUGUCCAUCUAAGCCUCUCCAUCGGUGGUUAAUGCAUGGUAAGAAAGAAAGAUCUGUUUUGUACCUUCCAGAAUGUAAACCUGAUUUUAAAAUAGUAUUUUACCCCCAGAAAGAGAAGCUAUUGGUGUUGAUAUGCAGAACAAUACAGACAACUAAUUAUUUGCUCGGACAAUUUCCAAAUGGUGGCCCAGGAGAUUGUUGAUGUUCAGGAAUGGUUCGGAGUCGUCUUCAUACACUCCUGUUCCUGGAUCAAUACUGACUUGGGAGUGUCCUUGGUGGCCCAGUAGAUAGUUGAUGUUCAUGACUAGUUCAGAGCCAUCUUCAUACAGAGGAUGAGAUCAAUACUGACUUGGGAGUGUCCUUGGUGGCCCAGUAGAGAGUUGAUGUUCAUGACUGGUUCAGAGCCAUCUUCAUACAGAGGACAAGAUCAAUACUGACUUGGGAGUGUCUUUGGUGGCCCAGCAGAGAGUUGAUGUCCAUGACUGGUUCAGAGCCAUCUUCAUACAGAGGAUGAGAUCAAUACUGACUUGGGAGUGUCCUUGGUGGCCCAGUAGAGAGUUGAUGUUCAUGACUGGUUCAGAGCCAUCUUCAUACAGAGGAUGAGAUCAAUACUGACUUGGGAGUGUCCUUGGUGGCCCAGUAGAGAGUUGAUGUUCAUGACUGGUUCAGAGCCAUCUUCAUACAGAGGACGAGAUCAAUACUGACUUGGGAGUGUCCUUGGUGGCCCAGCAGAGAGUUGAUGUUCAUGACUGGUUCAGAGUCAUCUUCAUACAGAGGACGAGAUCAAUACUGACUUGGGAGUGUCCUUGGUGGCCCAGCAGAGAGUUGAUGUUCAUGACUGGUUCAGAGCCAUCUUCAUACAGAGGACGGGAUCAAUACUGACUUGGGAGUGUCCUUGGUGGCCCAGCAGAGAGUUGAUGUUCAUGACUGGUUCAGAGUCAUCUUCAUAUAGUCCUGUUCCUGGAUUAAUAAGGACUUGGGAGUGUCCUUACUGGCCCAGCAGAGAGUUGAUGUCCAUGACUGGCUCAGAGUCAUCUUCAUACAGAGGACGGGAUCAAUACUGACUUGGGAGUGUCCUGGGUGGCCCAGCAGAGAGUUGAUGUUCAUGACUGGUUCAGAGCCAUCUUCAUACAGUCCUGGAUCAAUACUGAUUUGGGAGUGUCCUAGGAGAAAUUAUGGUUAUCAUUUCCAUAUUUCUGGUUCUGUACUAAUGGGAAGAUGAUAGAGCACUCACUUUGCCUAGAGAAGUUCUCCACUUCCAUCCUUGGAAUCUCAAAUGGAAAAGGUUGGGUAGGAAAUGCUUGAGAACCAAUCCAGGUAAACAAUAGAAAGCAUGUGUAUAUGAAGUAGACCAGUUUGGUGUACAGCAGCUUCAGAUGCUCGCGAUGGUUCUUCAUAACUGGACAAGCAAGUGUUUUGAAUGUAGAAAAUUAUAGGUUGGAUUCCCAUCAACUGCUGAUUUCUUCUCCAUUUGAGACUGUUGGGAACCAUUAUGAACUGGAACAGGAUAACACUAGACCAGUGGUUCUCAACCUCUGUGUCCCCAGGUGUUUUGGCCUACAACUCCCAGAAAUCCCAUCCAGUUUACCAUCUGUUUGGAUUUCUGGGAGUUGAAGUCCAAAUUAUCGAGACCCAUAGGUUGAGAACCAUUGCACUUGGCUAUAUGGACAAACUACGGACAUGAUUCAAGAUAUUCUGCCCUGGUUCCUUUUUGCUAUUUUCUCCACCUUAAAGUAGCCAUUGUGUGGUCAACCAGGAGCGAGUAGAUGAAAACUGAAGUGGCCUUCGUCACGUUCUAAUGCAAGUGCGCAUGUGCCGUGAACUUUUGCACACUGCUCUCUGAAUGCGAAAACACUAUUGCACGUGUUUGUGGAGCCCACCAACCUUCCAAGGUUGGCUGAGCUCAUAAAACAAGUCAAUAGACCCCCGUAAACGAACAAGCAAAACCUGCAGAUAGAAAAGUAGCAUGCCAGAGAGGUAUUUAGGAGUUAGUUUGGAAAGAUGUUGUGUUACGUACAUGUAUAUGUGUGUAUGUGUGUGUGCGUGCAGAAAACUGUGUAUAUUCCACUCGAAGACAGGAGCAGAUGCUAGUCAGAAAGAAAAAUACAGUCAGCCCUCAGGGGUAUAGUAUCCCAUGAAAGAGAAUGCCUCACUUUCUCCGAAUCCUCCUUGGGAACUAGAAAUCCCGUCCGUCGUCUUUCUCUCGUUGUUUGAAGAAUUUAAGGUUCUGACACCUAGUGGCUGAAGGUGGUAUUUCAGGCUUCAGAUCGAUUUCAAUUUUCCAAAAUGUAUUGAUGUAUUUUAGACACAAAACAGUGUUGUAACACAGUGACCAGACCACGUUUGUAUUGUCAUCCUGGAGGACUUAGGGAAUCUUAACACGUUGGAUAUCGGGAAAAAUAUUUGCCAUUGAUUGUGAUGGAUUCAUGAUCUCCUGCCUUCCUCCAAUGAUCUCAAGCUUGGAUGAAUUUCCUCCUACUUCCCACCUUAUCCUUACAACAGCCAAACGAGGUAGGCCAGACUGAGAGUAAGUGAGUUGUAUGAUAGAGAGGAUAUUGUAUCCGGAUAUUUCAAAUUCUUUAAUCCAACUCGAACCACUUCACUGUCUACUUCAAUGGAUACAGCUAUGACUAUGUCCUUCAAAGAGGAUGAAAACAACUAAAUCCAUCACUUUUCCAGUUGAUAAAAUGGUCUAUUUCGGCAAAAAUGGACCAAUGACCCAUUUAAAGCUUCUACUUGGCACUGCCUCUUUGCCUUCUCACUUGUUGGGUGCAUUUCGCCAACGGUUCAAAACCACAUCGGAUCGACGUAAUGUGAAACGUAUGCAUACAAGAACCUGUCUUGAGCCAUCCGAAAAUACAGGCCAAAAAACAACAACAAUGCUUUAGUGAGAAUCUUUGGUUGUGUUGUGUUUGUGUGUGCGUGUGCAUUUUUAAAAAAAGAUGCUAUGCAUUUUCUUUGUAAUGAAACCUUCAACGUGGAUUUAACUCACUCAUUCAUCCUAUUAAUAUUAAUCUUUCGUAUUUAUUUUAGACGGCCUUCCUUGUAUUUUUCCAAAGGGAAGUUUGUGUCCGAGAAGUUAGUCUGUAUUCUUAAUAUAAUUUGUUAAAUAAACUAAAAGUUUUAACCUC